AUGGCCUUAGUGAGCCGCCCUCGAGCCCCACUGUGGCUUGGGCGACUGUCGCGGCGGCUGUGCGCGCGGCACCGGGCCUGCGCUGGGACCAUGGCUCGGCCGCGGCGCUUCGCGGUGGAGAUGCCGGAUUGCUCCCUGACUCACUUCGUCCUAGGGGACACGGCGGGCCACCCGGACCCACGCCUGGCAGCGCUGCUCGGGCCCCCGGGGCGCAGCUACGCGCUGUGCGUGCCAUUGCCUCCGGGCUCAGGCUGCGGGCCCCGGGUGCAGGCGGCCCGAAUGCAUCAGCGUCUGCUGCUGCAGCUGUGCCGGGGCCCUUGGCAGCGGUGCCGGAGGAGUAAGCUGCUAGGCUACGGUCCCGGCGACCAGGACGGUGAAGCCCAGCAUGGCUUCCUGCUGCGCGACCCUUGCGACCACCCGGACACUCGGAGCGCCUUGCUGCAGCUUCUGGGCUCGUGCCAGGAGGUGGCGCACCCGCAGUUAGCCGAGUUCCAGGCCGACUCUCAGGGUUUGCUGUGGCAGCGCAUGUGGGAGCUGCAGGGAGACAGGCAGGUGCAAGUGGACUGCGCAUGCGUCCUGCCGGCCCCUGAGCCUCAUCUGCACCCACUGCUGCCAGAUCUGCUCAACUCUGCGGUGUUCCAAGACCGGGAUGCUGCACGGGCGGUAUUGGAGGAGUUGGGAGGACUGUGGCAGCUUCAGCUAAGAAGUGGUCUGUUUUGUUUAUGUCCUGCAGGUAAAAGCACCUUGACCCAGUCGGUGUCAGAGUCUCUCAAGGCUGUCCUCUUGCAAUCACCACCCCCCUGCAUCAGCCAGUGGAGGAAAGUCUUUGACAAUGAGCCUACUAUCAUUAGAAGAGCAUUUUACUCUUUGGGCAAUUAUCUUGUGGCUUCUGAAAUAGCUAAAGAAUCAGCCAAGUUCCCUGUUAUUGUAGACAGGUACUGGCACAGCACAGCCACCUAUGCCAUAGCCACAGAGGUGAGUGGAGGCCUGCAGUACCUCCCUCCUGCCCACCACCCCAUCUACCAGUGGCCAGGAGACCUGCUGAAGCCUGACCUGGUCCUGCUGCUCACGGUGAAUCCUGAGGAGAGAGUGAGGAGACUGCAGGGCCGGGGUGUGGAGAAAACGAAAGAAGAGGCCGAACUUGAGGCCAAUAACGUGUUUCGUCAGAAGGUGGAAAUGACAUACCAGCGGAUGGAGAACCCAAGCUGCCACCUGGUUGACGCCAGCCCCUCGAGGGAGACUGUCCUACAGAAUGUUUUGCAGCUGAUUCGGAGUGCUGGUCAUUAACUGUAGUUCCUCUGGACAUGUGCCUACUACACCAGAAGAGAAGUUGUGUGCUGUACACAGACCAACACUUGUCAUGCUGCUUCUUAGAUUCAGGUUGCGUGAGAAUACAGAGAGGAGGAAACUGGAGAAUGGGCAUUUUUGCUCUAUUUCUGACCAACAAAGCCAGCCAGCCGCUGCUGGUUCUUUUCUGCCUGGCCAUGUACCAUCUCCUUGGGAUAUAUUUUAACACUGUGACCACCUGGAAAGAUCUUCUGAUCCAGUGGUGAGCCUGUGGAGGUCUUCCUGCACCUGGAAGCUGAGGAUGUCAAAUGUGGCCCACAAUGAUCAAUUGUGAUGGGCUAGCCUUGUCUCCUCUCACCCCAAAUCCUAUAGCUGAGCAUUGUCCCAGAGUCUGGCUGUCCCAUCCUGUUUGCUUUGAGCCAUUUACGGGUGGGGACACUCUCAAAGAAGCCAUUGAUCUUGUUCUUUGAGCUCAAAGGCUCAAAGAACACCUUGGACAGUUCCCGGAGGGAGCGCCUCAGACCUGAAUAGACACAUGCCCCUAAGCUGCUAGCAUGCCACCCCCAUCUUGUUCUCCUUUCCUUGUCUGUAUUCCGUUUCUCUCCUCUGAAAUCCAGUGCUGCGUGUAAUGAGCCGUCUGCGCUGAGCUGGAUGCGUUGCACUUACCCAACGCACUGAUUUGUUUAUAUUGAUGUUUACGUGUGUGUUUCCUCAGUGUAGGAGCUCUGAGUCACUAACCAAAACCGAGGCCAAGGAGCUAAACGCAGUGUUGGCUGUGUGUUUUCACAACACAGAUUUAACUUAUCUUAAUAAACCCUGUAGAUUCUGGAAUGAGAUCUCAUAGUAAAUUGUCUUGCACUUUGAAUGUCUCCUGAUUGCAUGUGAAGUCAGCAUUAAGGGCUCUUCGGAUAGAGGAAAGAGCCGUGGAAGAGAAUCCCGGUGGCUCUGUAGCCUUGACUGAGGCGUUUAACAUCAAGAGCGUUAACGGUUGGGUCUGAAAGAGAACAGUUGGUGGGCCAGGUGGCAUAACCCUCUGGUAACAUUUACCUGGGAGGCUGAGAAAGGAAAAUGGAACAUCCAAGGCCUUCCUGGGCUGCAGCAUGGGUUCAGGGCUAUUCUGGGCAAUGUAGUGAGACCUUGUCUCAAGAUUAAAAACUACGAAGAGGACUGGGGGGUGAAAUUCCACAGUAGAACACUGUACUGGACAUUCUAUCCCUGGGUUCCAUUCCCAGUACCAUAAAAAUAAAAAUAUGAAUGAACAAUUAAACAAUAAAAAGAAUUAAGUAAUUUUUGGUCAUAAGGAGGUGGCUGGGUCAGGCUAUAAUUUAACAUUCCAAUUCUGAUGUAGAUGCCUUUCUACAUCAUUUUGAUCCCACAUCUCAUUUCUGAAGAAGAAUUCAUCCCCAAGUAAUGACAUGUAACGCCUUAACAGGUUUACCCUAAUCUUAAAUUAUAAUAAGAUUUAGUAUUAACUUAGAAAAUAUUUUUUUUUACUUUUGGAACUAUGUAUAACUUGUAAAUAAUAUGUCUAUUAUCUAAAUACAUUGCUGGCUUCAGUAGAGCAUGUUUUUAAAGCUGAUAAAUAACGUUAGGGCUCUCUGUCAUGUGGCAGCUACUUCCACAAAGGGUUUUGUUCAAGCCUUUCUGAGACGAUUGUGACAGAGGCUCGGAAGAAAGUCUUAGUGCUCUCUUCAUGAAACCUGCAGUGAAUAAACUUGCUGUGACUUUCCUAACCCGA